AUGGCACAACGGCCGCGGUGGCAGGAGAGGCAGCAGCUCGCGCGCCUCUGCGACCUCGUCGCCGACUCCCUCCUUCCCCACCUCGAACCCGAACCGCUGGCGACGCGGCGGCCGCAGCUCACGCGGGAGGAAGAGCGGCGCAUACUCGUCGCGCUCUCCCGGGUAAACAAGGCAAUUCGAGGAUGGGACGACGACGAGGUGGAUGAUGGGGAGCAAGGGCGCGCAUGGGAUCAGAUUGUUUCGUGUUCGGAAGCUCACAGUUGCUGUUUGCCACCUGACUACCAUUUUGAUGAUGGGUUUAGCUGCCUGACCAAUAUUAUCUCCAUAGUGGUUGGCUUACUUCAUCUAUGUAGUGAUUAUAUUAAGCAUUCAGCUGGGAAUAUCUUGAUGGCCAUCUCUAAUUCCCUAAUGAAGUUUGAAGCCGUUUGGAUUCAGUUUGUUGAGCUGGUCUGGGCAGCUAUACACACGGUAUCAACAUGCGCUCAUAAUCAUUCUACAAUUAAUGCCACCAAAGGUUGUGUUGGUUGUUCAUCUGCUGCGGAAAGCAUAAGUCAUGACACUAUGACUAAAAGAACCAGCAUUACAAGCUUUAUAGCAGUACUCAAACUACGAUGUGUCAAUACCAGUAGGCAGAUAAUGACUUGCCUCUUUCGAGCACUACACAUUAUUCUGAAGCUUCUGAAACUCAAUGACUCUGAACUGAAAGAUGACUUCAUUUGCCUGUCCAUUCAUCAUAUUCAGAAGUUACAUUGGGAUCCUGGUUACCAACUCAAUGCCGGGAAAGUUGUCAGCAUUGUCACGGAUGACCGACAUAGUUUGAGUGAAGAUUCUGCACAGUUUGGAAUAGUGUCAGGCAGUCUCCUCCAGCUCUUGUGCUCUUUAGUUGAGCAAAGUGACACAGAAGACACAGAUCGACGAGAUAUAUUUGUGAAACUUGCAGAUGUCAUUCCUAGAUUAGGAACUUUCUUACAAGAGCAACAGGAUACCCCCAAAAGUCUCUCUCAGUAUUCAAAGCACAAAAUAUUGAUGUUAAUGAUAAGGCUUAAGCCUCACAUACAGCAGAACUGCUCACAUAUUGUUUGUUUGCUGAAAUUACUUAGACGCCACUUUCAGAGUACACUCCAUGAACCUAUGUUCCAACAUAGCACUAAACUGGAGAACUGUUUAGAAGGAUCCCCAUUUUUGUUAAGUGGUGUAGGUUUGGGCGAGCUUCAGGAUAAAUCUACUCGGCACUUACAAAGGCAGGCUAUGUAUUUGUUUCUUAGUUGUUCGAUAGUCUUGGCUUGCAGUGGAAAUGAUAGUAGACUGAAAUGUUCAUGUAAGAGAGAUCAAUGUUGUCACAAGGGGCAAGGCUGCACUGAUAAUUGCAACUAUUUUGGCUUAUCAGAAAUCUCAGUUUGGUUUCAGAGAUGUUGCUUAGACAAGAUUUUGGACUCAAAAUCAUCAACAGACAUUGUUUUAUGCUUUCUGCAGUUAUAUAUGGAGGAGGACGAUAUGUUAUUCAUCAUUCUCUUGCAGCUUUUGGAUGCUCCGCUUAUUUCGUUGGCAAUAGAUAAGAUGGAAACUAAAUGGACGUCUGAACUGAUUGGUGCCAAACUGUUCUCCAUAGUUUUUGACCCAGUUCAUAUUUUUCAUCAAUGGCUUUCAUUGUUGCACUAUGAUCACUUGGUACUUGUUGAUUAUCUCAUAUCUAAAGAUGUAGGUGUGCAUUGUGCCCAGUAUCUAUUACGGUGCUUACGACUGGUAUCCGGGUGUUGGGAUGCUUUUGUCGAUGAUUCAGUUUACGAGGCACAGAUACAAAAAUUCAACUGUAAAAGGCAAAGAACCUUGAAAGAUAUAAAUAGUUUCACUGGUAGCUCAAUGGAAGGCACUAAGUUAGGUUCCUCUUAUGACAAGGAAAAUAAGAGCAAAGAACAGCUUUUCCUGAGUGCUAAAGUUUGUCUCCUUUCGUUAAAGCAAACUUUGGAAGAUCUUCAUAAGAAAGAUUUAUUCCCCUACAAUCCAAAGCCUCUCCUUAAAAGCUUGUCCAGAUUUGAGGAGCUCUGUGCGCAGUACUGA